AUGCUUUGCCUUUGCCUUUACGUGCCGGCCUUCGGCGCCUUCGGUGAGUCCCAGGCAGAAUUCGAGUACUUUGAAUCGAAGGGGCUGCCUGACAGCUUCAGACUGAGCCUCUUUAUCCCUUCCCAGGAAUUCUCUACCUAUCGCCAGUGGAAGCAGAAAAUUGUGAAGGCUGGAGAUAAGGACCUGGAUGGGCAGCUGGACUUUGAGGAGUUUGUCCACUACCUCCAAGACCACGAGAAGAAACUGAGGCUGGUGUUCAAGAGUCUCGACAAGAAGAACGAUGGCCGCAUCGAUGCCCAGGAGAUCAUGCAGUCCCUUCGGGACCUGGGAGUCAAGAUCUCUGAACAGCAGGCAGAAAAAAUCCUCAAGAGCAUGGAUAAGAAUGGGACGAUGACAAUAGACUGGAACGAGUGGCGCGACUAUCAUUUGUUGCACCCCGUGGAGAACAUUCCCGAGAUCAUCUUGUACUGGAAGCACUCUACGAUCUUUGACGUGGGAGAGAACCUGACAGUACCAGACGAGUUCACGGUGGAAGAGAGGCAGACAGGGAUGUGGUGGCGACACCUCGUUGCGGGGGGAGGUGCGGGAGCCGUGUCUCGAACCUGCACUGCUCCCUUGGACCGCCUAAAAGUGAUUAUGCAGGUCCACGCUUCUCGCAACAACAACAUGUGCAUCGUCGGUGGCUUCACCCAGAUGAUCCGAGAGGGUGGCGCGAGGUCGCUUUGGCGCGGGAACGGGAUCAAUGUCUUGAAGAUCGCUCCGGAAUCUGCCAUCAAAUUCAUGGCCUAUGAACAGAUCAAGCGCUUGAUUGGCACUGACCAGGAGGUGCUGAGGAUUCACGAGAGAUUCGUUGCAGGUUCGCUGGCGGGAGCCAUCGCACAGAGCAGCAUCUACCCCAUGGAGGUUCUGAAGACGCGGAUGGCUCUGCGCAAGACAGGGCAGUACUUGGGGAUGCUGGACUGUGCCAAGAACAUUCUCGCCAAAGAAGGGAUGGCCGCUUUCUACAAAGGCUACGUCCCCAAUAUGCUCGGGAUCAUUCCGUACGCCGGCAUUGACCUGGCGGUAUAUGAGACCUUAAAAAACACCUGGUUGCAGCGUUACGCCGUAAACAGCGCCGACCCCGGGGUGUUCGUUCUGUUGGCCUGUGGUACCAUGUCAAGCACCUGUGGGCAGCUGGCCAGUUAUCCUCUGGCCCUAGUGCGGACGCGCAUGCAAGCUCAAGCUUCAAUCGGAGGAGCGCCAGAGGUGACGAUGAGGGGGCUCUUCAAGCAUAUCCUGAAGACGGAGGGCGCUUUCGGCCUCUAUAGGGGCCUGGCCCCCAACUUUAUGAAGGUGAUACCGGCUGUGAGCAUCAGCUACGUGGUCUACGAGAACCUGAAGAUGACGCUGGGCGUGCAGUCCCGAUGACAAGGCGGCGUCUGUGCUCGUUGAACUCUUUUAGGAAAAAACCAAUCAUCUUGGGGGCUGCAGUCCCUAAGGUGUUAUGGCCGUUUCAUUCUGUGAAUGUGUCGAUCAACACUAAGCUGAUUGAGCCAAGCUAUGAAAAUCCUGGGUCGCCUGCGCCCUGGAAUUGUUAGGGAGGGCUUGGGGCCUUUUUUUUUUUGCUGUUCUGCUACCGCAAGUGCUGUGUGUUGUUUCUGUCCAUCAUCAGCUGGGCUUCCCUGCUUGCAAGGGACCAAACUGGGGGGCACCCAAGGGAAACGCCCGGAGCUGAUAGUGCUGGCCGGGCUCCGGGCGCGGUGGGGGAAGGUCUGUGGGAGAGAACGCUCUCCCCUCCUGAACCUCUCCUCUCAGUCCGGAGCCGGAGAAAGCAGCACCUUCCGACUUGCUUGAAAGAGCUUCUUCCUGUUGAGUUGUUAACUCUUCCUACUCACUGUUUUAAAUCUCUCGCUUUGGGUAGGAACGGCUGCUGGGCCAGAAACAUUAGUUUACGUUACAUUCCUUCUUCUUCUUUUUGGGUGGGUAGGAACGAUUCACGUCCUACUUCAGUGAUUCUGACAGAGCAAUGUAAAUUUAAAACCAAGGCUCGAGGGGGCAAAAAUCCUGGUGAACCGAAACCGAAAAUCUUUUACCUUUUGGUAGAGUUGGUUCAACGUGCGCAUCUCCAAAUGCGGCCCCUCGCAGCCUGCAUGUGCCUGGGCUUCCAUGCCAGAUAGGCUGCGACCAUCCGGGGGGGGGGUCGGCCCGGGGACGCUAAGAAAGCAGUCAUGCAGCCUGGCACCGUGAACGGCUUCCAGGAUGGGCCAGGCGAAGCUGUGCUGCUCCGGACCCCACCCCUGGCAUCUGAGCACCGCGUGGGCAGGGAGAGGAAGGGGCCAUCUCUGCUUCCCCUGGCCACGUUUUGCAUGGCGACUCAGCCGCGAUCCUCGCCAUCCCCUGUGGGCAGCAGCUCCCCUCCCCCUUCCCAAGACCCUGCGCCUUGGCUGCUGCGAUGCUUUCUAGAACUUCAUUAGUCUGGUGCUAGACUUGGCACUUGGCGGAGGGGGACUGGGGUGGAACGAGCCGCAGCCCGGUGUAGCUUUUCAUAAGGGAAGGGACAGGGUGUGCUGGCGACGGGAAGGAGGAAGAUUCCACUGGGGACUGGAGGAGGGGGGUGCUUGCUUUUCUCCUUCCUGCCAGGUUAUUUUCGUAGAAGGCAGAUCUCUGUCUCUGACUGACUGUCCCACGGGCUCCCGGGGCCUGAACGCUCAGGCUGAUCCGGGCGGCCAGCAGGCCC